GCUGGCCACACGGAUGUUUUGCCCGCAUCACCAGUUGUAUCACCGCCUUCAUCACGCUGGAAAGAUGUCUCUGUAUCACCGUCCCUCUCAAAGUCAAAGAAAUCAUCACCCCGAAACGAACCAUUGCCAUCAACAUCUUCGUCUUUCUGCUCAUGUUCUGUAUUCUCUCGCCGGCCUUUUAUGCCGACCGUUUCGGUCCAGUCUCGGCGCCAAAGAGAAAUAAAACACUGAUCGGUCUGGUCUUUGUUGAGGAUGGCCAGUUCAUCGAGAGCAUUUGCAAGACAAUGGACGUUAGUGUCCAGUUGAUCUCUUUCGUCAUCGUUAGCAUCAGCACCGCCAUUUUAAUUCAAAAUUUACUGCGGAACACAAAGUGGCGAAUGUCAAUGUCGAAAUCUUCAACUUCCGGUUCCGGCCAGGACAUGGGAAGCCGGGAUAAAAAAGUUGUGAGAAUGGUGCUCUCCAUCUCGUGUAUGUUCAUCGUCUGCUUCCUGCCGACUGUCAUCAACUACAUCGUCAUGUUUAUCUUUCCGUCGUACAGCGUCAAAGGAAGAUACUCCAACACGUUCCGGUUUGUGUGGGCUUUGCUGAAGAUUCUAGAAGCUGUCCACAGUUCGGCAACUAUCUUUAUCUACUUUAAGAUGAGCACCAAGUACCGGUCGGUGCUAAAGCAGAUCAUAUGUGUGUUCACACAACACCCUACAGACGCUACACACAAUUCCUCAACAGGGACGACAAGAGAGAAGGACAUUACCAGUGAAACUUUAUGUCCGUAG